ACAUCACUCCCUUUCUCUAACAAAGAAUUCACAAGCAACAACUGCACACUCUCCUCUUUUUUCAGACAGCCACACAAAGAACAUUUAUUUCCCUGAAAGCUCUGUCCAGUUAAAAAGAUCUUUUUUUAUUUAUUUUAUUUUUUUUUAUUUUUUUUCUUUAUUCCAUUCAUACAAAGAUAAUCCAACCAUUCCUUCCCAAUGACUGUCUCAACUUUUGCCGCCCAGCCGUUAGAUACAACGACCUCACACACAUCCUUCAUUUCCUCCACCUCUACAGUCAAAAAGAAUGGUGCAGCCAUCGGCGUAAAACAUGGGGAGCGACUGCUAAAGCAACAGCAACAGCAACAGCAGCAGAAACAGCAACCUCUGUCUACCACCACCGCCACAGCUGUUUCUACCUCCUCCUCAACGUCCACACCCAUGUCACCGCCAGGUCUGUUCAUACCUAUGUGGGAUUAUGAUCGAUUUCCAGUUGGACCUUCUCUUCGAGAGCGACGAUCGCAUGAACAACAGAACCCUUUUCUGAUCGACUACAGCAAUGUACCAGAACCAUUGUCGUACAACUCUCACAGCAACCAAGCAAGUCGACGUGAAAGCAGAGAAGAUAGUCGUAAUACUAGCGCUCACGACCUUGUUGCUGGAUCGUCGUCGCCGUCCCUUUCUCCUUCUCCAUUUGUAGAUACUGAUGCAGAUGCAGAUGGAUACAAAUAUGGACAUCCAUCCUUGACGAUCUUCAUACCCGACCAGCACCAUCCUCAGUCUCAUUCCCUUCGUCAUAACCAUCCUGCUGCUCACGCCUUUGGUCAGCAAAAUCCUCCCGCAACUUUGAGCAAAUUUGAUCAGUACAAGGCACAAAUGAUGCGCUCAACAAUGACCUCUACCCGUACAACUGCUCCUGCUGCUGCUGCCGCUGCUGCCACUACUGCUGCGACCUCCUCGUUUUCUGCAGCUUCACCUGCCUCGUCCUCAUCAUCGUCCCCUUCAUUCCCUUCGUCUCCUCAACGUGCAGAUGCAAGAGACAUUACACCACCUUCAUCCGUUCCAAGCAAAAAAAAGCGAUUGAGCGUGUUAUUCAAGGCCACCUCGUUAUCAAAAAAGUCCAAGGUGGCGUCUUCCAAAGCGGAAGCUGCUAGCAACCUCGGCCAAGGGAUCCGUAGGCAUUCUUCGCCGAGUUCGAGAUUGCCCUCGUCGGGCUCAUUACAAUCCUCCCUCCUAGGCGAGAAGCCAUCCCUUUCCAUGUCAUCGUUGGAUACAUCGCCUUCAAUGGCUGUGUCCCAAGGUCUAGAAAAUGGUCAUCUGUUCGACUAUCAAUCUGGACAGGAAGGAGGUGAAUUCAGCAAUGGCCCCUCGCAAUCACUUCCUACACAACCAUCACCUCGCUCUCCUCUCGAGGAACAGCAGGAUCGGUGGCGGGAGGAAUGGCUUCGGCAAUCUGGAGCGAUCCAUUCCUUGUUUCGAGAUCGACCUUCAAAGUUCAACUGCCCUCAUUGUGGCGCGAACAAGGUGGUGUCACAUAUUCAGUUUGUACCUGGAGUGAUGUCUUACUUGGUUGCGUUUGGUUUAUUGUUCCUAACCCUCGGAACAUUGUCGUAUUUGCCAUUCCGCAAGGGUCAUGAGGAAACCAAAGACUGUAUUCAUUGGUGCCCUGAGUGCGAUCAGCGCGUCGCUCGCUUUAACCGCGCCAACGCUACAUGGGAAUGGAUUUAAUUGCUGG